ACAGGGGCAGAAAAGGGGCAAAAGUUAAUGCGGGAGACGCAGAGAGGGGCAUCGACUCAGCAAGUAGCAGGGGCUGCCCGCCAUCUGGGCGCUCGUAGGCGGUCGCGGUGGUCGCGGAAAGGGCGGCUCCCAGACCCCGGCUCCUCAUGGAUGCGCCCGAGCUGGGCCCGGGGUUGGUGGAGCGUCUGGAGCAGCUGGCGACGUGUCCGCUGUGCGGGGGCCCCUUCGAGGACCCGGUGCUUCUGGCGUGUGAACACAGCUUCUGCCGCGCGUGUCUGGCCCGCUGCUGGGGGACCCCGCCGGCGACCGGCACCGAGGCGUCCCCCACCGCCUGCCCCUGCUGCGGCCUGCCGUGCCCCCGCCGCAGCCUGAGGUCUAACGUGCGGCUGGCGGUGGAGGUGCGGAUCAGUCGCGGGCUGCGGGAGAAGCUGGCAGAGCCUGGAGCCCGCGCGGGGAGACGCCGAGGGGGCCGUAUCCCCACCAUGGGCUGCCUGGACCCGCACGGAGAGGAUAUGAGGAAGACAUGGAGACGAUUUGAUGUCCCAACACCCAAGUCGUCUAACUCAGAGGACGAUCUCCCUGAAGAAUACCCAGUGGUCAAAAACAUGCUUCAUAGACUGACAGCCGACCUGACCCUGGACCCUGGCACCGCACACCGCCGCCUGCUCAUCUCCGCCGACCACCGCAGCGUCAGACUGGCCCCACCAGGGACACCCGUGCCCCCUGACGGCCCCAAGCGCUUUGAUCAGCUCCCGGCGGUGCUGGGCGCACAAGGCUUCGGGGCUGGCCGCCACUGCUGGGAGGUGGAGACCGCUGAUGCCGCCUCCUGCAGAGACUCUUCUGGAGAAGAGGAGGACGACGGGGAGAGCCGCUAUGCCGUGGGCGCAGCCGGGGAGUCGGUGCAGCGCAAGGGCCGCGUAAGGCUGUGCCCCGCGGGGGCCGUGUGGGCCCUGGAGGGCCGCGGAGGCCGCCUGUGGGCCCUCACAGCACCCGAGCCCACCCUGCUGGGCGGCGCCGGGCCCACGCCACGGCGCAUUCGAGUGGACUUGGACUGGGAGCGGGGCCGCGUGGCCUUCUACGACGGCCGCUCGCUGGACCUGCUCUACGCCUUCCAGGCGCCCGGCCCCCUGGGAGAACGCAUCUUCCCGCUGCUGUGCACCCGCGACCCCAGCACCCCGCUCCGCAUCGUGCCGGCGGAAGGCUGAGUCUUGCCCCAACACCAAUACUAGUUUGGCAGGCCGCCAAGAAGCUGCUUCCCCUUGGGCGCGGAUAUCCCUAUUCAUUGCAAGGAUCAUGUCCACGCUCCCACUGCAGGAGUAUUGAUAAGCCCCAUCCCCACAUUCUCUCUCUUCCCCCCAGAUAAUAAGACCUCACCUGGCCCCAGCUUUCCACAUCCAUGCCCACAGCCGAUUCUGUUCUGUUCCUGCCCACUCCCUCUCAGGAAUCUUUUCUCCCCCACCACUACCAAACCGAUUUUUCCCCUUCUGUAUUAUUCCAGGCUUGAAUUGGGAAUAAGCCUGCUCCAUCAAUAUUGAUAAACCGCCCAUGUUUACUACACACAGACCCUGCUAGUCAAAUAUUUACCUCCCACUCUCAACUCUCUCUCCUGGCUCCAAAGAUGGGGUCAGGGCCUUCUCCACAGCUCUAAGGCUAGGGCUUCUCUGUCCUGUCCACUCUGAGGUUUCUCUUCAAGAAAAACAAGAGCCUUGUCCUAAAAUAAGAGGCUUGACUCUGGCCUGGACCCCAGAGUCCUCUAGGAAGCUUGAUACCAUUUUUAUUUUGGGAAGGGGGUGUGACAAGCCAGUUUCACUUCCUGUGACUGCUUUCUAUGCUCACAGCCUUUUUCUAUUAAGAACCUUCUCAAAACUUACCCCUGCACAUACCCACAGAAAGAAACCAAUGGUGCUACCUCUCCUCUCCACAACCUGGGAAGGGCCCAGACAUCCCAAAACGAAUCCUUGUACACAGUCUCACAUCUUCCCCCACAUGUAUAAAUGGGCCCAUAUUUAACACAUUUUGUGAUGUUGGGUUAUUUAUUUUGUGCAUCUGUGGCAAUAAAUGAGAUCUCAGUGAUGGUA